CUGUGCAAAGACCAAGCUCAAUGAAUUUGACAAGUUUUUUGUGAGGAAGUUCAGGAAAGGACAAGACAUCUAGGUAGCCGUAAACACUAAGUUACGAAUCUUCUUUGUUGAUCAGACUAGAGGACUAUGUCAUCUGCCCUACCCCAGUUCAUUAAGGCAGAAACCCAUUUCCCUGUCUUCCUGCCAGGGCUCACCUCACGGGCCGAUGACAUUUCGGGGACUCGACCCCUCGGCCGUCAGUCUGUGAGCGUCUCGAGCAUGCCCGAGGCCCCGGGCGAGGUGUAUCUUGGGAGCGGCCUUAGCCCGAUCAGUGAGCCUAGCAUCGCCCACAGUCCCCGACACAGAAGCAACAACUUAUCUCCUCUUCCCAAGACAUGUCAUAAUCAACACUCUAUCGAUGAGAUUCUGGGCAAAAACAAGCAUCAAAGUUUGAGCAAAGGCAGCAUGGGUGACAGGAAGGGGGGGAGUUGGGAGUCGGUACGCCUCAUGUCCCCCGUUAGUGAGCCGUGGGAAGGGGAAGAUGGAGAGGAUAGCUCACCGGUACACGGGCCUGUAUCCCCCGGGACAGGGAGGCACUCCCCGGCGAAUAGCGAUUCUCUGUCACCUGUCUCCUUGCACCAAGGGGACGACAGCAAAGACGAGGAACUGUCGGAGAAAGCUCAGUCCCUGGACGGGGACAAAUCGGACGACAGUUCUGAUGCCAAGAAAAAGAAGCGUCGGAAUCGGACAACUUUUACCAGUUAUCAGUUGGAGGAGAUGGAGAAGGUGUUUCAGAGGACGCACUACCCUGACGUCUACGCUCGUGAGCAGCUGGCCCUACGGUGCGACCUCACUGAGGCACGGGUACAGGUAUGGUUUCAAAACAGGAGGGCCAAAUGGAGAAAACGAGAACGUUUCGGCCAGCUUCAGACGAUGAGAGCAAUGGCUGCGUCCCAUGGUUAUGACAUGCCGCUGGCUGGUAGGCACGACGCUUAUUCCCAGAUGCAACAGUCGAACCCCUGGGCAGCCAUGACCCCUAACGGCAUGGCGUAUACUAUGGCGGCUAAUUCAUGCAUGGCACCUCAUACCGAUCUUCCCAGUUUUAUGGGGCUCGCUCAAUCCAAUCAACUAGGCCUGGCUCAAGCCAAUCAGAUGGCGGCUGCUCAUCAGUUGGCGCAGGUUCACCAGCAGCACCCCACGGGCUCCAUGGCCGCACCCCACGGGCCCCUCCCCGUCCAGACUUCGCCCUCUAUCUCAAUGAACAGUUGCUCUCAGUCUACUAUAGAACCACGUCAUGAUACAGAAAGGCGGAGCUCCAGCAUUGCAGCCUUGAGAUUGAAGGCCCGAGAACACAGUGCUGCCAUGGGCAUACUCAGUGUGUACGGGAAAUAGACUUCAAACAUUUCCCAUAAUUAACUCGAAGCAAAGUGCAGCACUGCACCUUUCAAAAUGAGGGUCAAGUGUCCCUUACAAAGUAGCUGGGUCGUUUCCAUCGAGUCCGUGUGGAUGUCAUGAAAGAGGCGUACAGGUAAUGAGCUAACUGUUCUAUAUCCAAGGAGCCGUACUGGGGAGGGUUUCAUGACUGGCCUUCUGUAGUGAGUAAGAAAGCUCCCCGCGACCACCUGCAGUGUCUACUCGAUGGCUUACCCUGUCAACCAAUAGCUCCUCACCGACCAGAAAACAAUCGCUCAGGGAUCUCCACACUGCAAUACUUGUCACUUUCUCCAGUUUAAGGAGAAAGCCUGCCUGUUGAGCCCCCACAGCCUCUAGGGAAGAGGGGACCUGGCAACUCAAUUUCUGAGAUUCAAGUAAGCCCUGUUUACUGCUGUUUUGCUGGAGUGGCUGAUGGAGCCUGUUCAGUUGUUCGUUCAGGCCACCGUGGAAAUGACCCUAUUGCUAAAUGCUCGUUGAGGUCACCAUAAGGCUCGUUAUAUCACGAGUCCUCUAUAAAAGAAUUGUUCCAAAAACUCAGUGUUAAUCGUUUUCAGACGUCAAAUGGUUUGUUGACAAGAGAGAGAAUGUUCUCUUGAAAUGUGCUAGAAAUGGGUGUGUUAGUAUACAGGAAAUCCAAUGUUUUUACCUUCUAUACAAGCAUGUUAAUACUGAAUAUCCUCUAACAAAUCUUUGUCCGUAAAACAUAUUUUCUGCAUAAAACUCGAGACAUGGACCUGUGUAUGCUUGCAUUGAUUGUCAGCUCUCGAAAGGCUUGUGUUAUUGGUUGGAACUGUGGUCUCUUCUAACGUGACAGCCCAGAAUGCCUUGGGAAUAUAGUUACGCAAUGUUUGAGGAACUUUUACAGACAAUUUCCAAUCACGGCGCCACUGAGACACGUUCAAAAUGCUCACUUACAUUCUCAGAGCUAGAUUUCUCCCGGUAUACAAAAAAACAACAACAACCAAAGAAUAAAUUUUGUCGUAAAAUUAUUUGUUCGUUGUACAUGGGUAUGAACAUGGCUAUAAAACUGUUCAUAUUUGGGAUAUAUGGCGUGUUUGGCUUACUCUUGCGUAGGAGGCACGGGUUUAGUCUCGAGUAAUCUGAGAUAUUAAAAUCGUUUCUAAAGAAUCUUGUUUUUUCUGGCCUCACACAGCGUGAUGAUCAAGAUUUAUUCAUCCUCAUCAGUCUAAAGGCAUUAACUUAAUGAUAUCUGGUAUGUAUCAUAUAUAAAAAUAAACGAAACGCAAUAAACAAGCCAUGUACAGGGAAAAUGUUUCGGCAAAUAUAAACUUGUUUAAAUUAGCCAAUACGUUAUUAUGAGGUCUUAUCCUCUAAUUGAAUCUCCCUAGAAGAAAAGAUAAAUCUGGACUAAUCGGUAAACUACCCAACAUAACGUUUAAAAACUUUCAUCAAUUUUAGCGAAUACUUUGCUAGUUGUGUCUUUAACCUGAGAACGCAACUGUUUCCACUGGCCCCACCAGGACACUGUUGGCCUUUUAUCGCCAUGAGUCUUGGAUAUGUGUAACACGACAUCGUGUUUCCGGUUUUUCUAACAUGGUGCAUCCCAGUAAGCCUAGUAAGUAUUCAGAUACCUAUGGUCGUUAAGGCCUGUUUCCACUCCUCUUCCGAAAUAACUAAGGUUAAAUUAUUCGUUUUAUUUUAAAAUCGGCCAAAACUGACCUUGAAAACUGAUACAUCUAAAUCUCGCGAGAGCUCAUGAACAAUGGUCAUGUGACUGACAACAGCUUUAUUCAUUAACUCUCUCUGUAACCAUGGAUACGACAGAUUUAUCAUCUAUUUUUGGUCGAAUCGGAAUUACGCAUGCCAAGGAAGUAACCUCACUACACUCAUUGAUUUGACUCCUCAAUCAUCUGGUUCAAAUCCAGGCAGUAAUUUACGUACACGGUAUACUCUUUGAUCGUUUGUUGACGUCGAGCUGUUGAACUAUAUAUAACACAUGAUUUCUUUUGACCACGGCAUAAACACCAAUCAAAUCAAGAUGUACACACACGUGUUCUUUCGAAAUCUUUAUUAAAAUGUUUGGGUUGUGUAAAAGCAGUUGUAAAUAUGUAAAACAUAGUACACAUAUGAGUUGAGCCAAUUCGCAUUCACUGUCUAGUUUACCUACGAACUUGUUAAUUUUAUUUGAUUGGUAUUUGUCGCAGACGGCAUUUAAAUGACGGUUUUCAGGGGUUUUACAGGGUCAAUAUUUGUGAAGUUUCCCACUAGCGGGCUUAACCGGCAACGGCUUGAACACCUAAAUAAUAAAUAUCUUCUUCUAAGCUAAUCUCUAAAUAGGAACAGCACUUAAUUAUAUGUGAAAUUAAGCAGGUCAUUUGUUCCGAUAUACAUUUAUUGAACACGUUACCCUAAGGAAAGUUAUUUAUCUGUGCGUGCGAUAUCUUUAUCCUUGACGAACGUAUGUGAGUAAACGCUGUUGGCGUCCGAUUUCUGCACGGGAUACAUGGAUAUACAGACGGUUCUGUAGCUGAAGACUUUGUGUGUGACAAUGACAAACUUCUUGGUCGUUGAUGAGUUCACAGAUAUUGAUGUGUCGUUCAUCAUUAUAUGAAUGGAUUUGAAAUUGCUAUGGAUUGUGAGGACUCGUGAAGCAAUCAGCAAAGAUCAGAUACUAAUAUAUACUGUACAUACUGGGUCUGUGUAACUCGUGCCAAGCUUGGUAUCCUAUACUUGCUUCAGAAGCAUGGUAUCCAGUAGAAGAACAUAUACAAUCUGCCUGCAUCAUGAACACUUCUCGGCUACACACACAUACAAGACAUUCUCUCUGAAUCUCCCCACUCCCCACACACCUGUCCAGUAAUUUCUGGAUUCUUGCGACAGUAAAAUCGUGAUUUUUUCUUUCUCAUCACAUAUCUUCUAGAUGAACAAAACCAGUUAUAACACAACACAUUAGAGGCAAAUGGACAUUGUAAUACUUUAUUCGCUGAAUGGGAUGGCGUGUCAAAUUUAGACAAAACCAAAUUUGUAUUUCAAAUUCAAACAAAUUCCAUUGUUACAUAUCCAAUAGAAGUUCCAGAGCUAACCUGUUGGUUAUCAGUGUAUACCUGUGGAACACAAACGUUGACAAUAUCUAAGUUCACCGCGUCUGUAUGCACCAUCCUCAAGCCCCUACACCAUCCAAUUAUCUGCUCUGUACUUUACAUGCAUCUACAGAUUCACGCUGACUGCUAUGUCGUACAUUAUGUUAGACUUAACGGAGUCUGGGAUCUUGGGACAUCCCGACUAACAGGCACCAGGAUCAUGAGUGUGUCUGAGGAUUAUUUCACUCUUUGUCUUAACUUCCAAACAGUUCACUAAGCUAAAAUUGUAAGUUUCAAUAUACCAGAGAUUUUAGGAAAAAAUCAAUAUUCCCAGUUGAAAUCAAAUUUUCUGAAUUUAUGAAGAAUAUCUCAAAUUAUUACCUUUCAUUAAACACCAGAUUCGUACAUGUAUUGUUUAUAGCAUUAAAAUGACUAUAAAUUCUUUAACAAGGUUAUAAUGUGGCAGGCUUUACAAAUGUUUGGGACAUUUUGAACGGUAACACGCGUGAACAGACGAGGCUAUUCUAUAAUAGCAGCAAAAAUUCCAUUGGAUUUGCUCUGGUCGAUGUUUUGCUAAAAAUCUCGGAUAUAUUGUUUUUAAGAGUUUAUAUUUUGAUACUAAGUUAUGAGUGAAAACUAGCGUUUAAGUUUGAUUGUAAAUGGAUGAUACCACACGUUGACCUAAUUCUAUAAGACAGCUUCGUGGUCCUGAAGCCAGGUCAUCUUACGGGGCUAUAAAGGUUACGUUGUUAGUUAAGAUCUCGAGAGCGCAGCGUGGUAAAGCUCUUGUGCGCACGACAUCAGAAGGUUCACGAUAUCGUGAAAUAAUGAAUGUCUUGGCAUGCGACAUUAUUCGAAAUUUUAGUAGUUUAUUAUGUCGUGCACAUCACCUACUUUAUAAAAAAUACAUGCUAUAAACUUUGUUCUGUCAAGUUUUUUAUUUUCAUAUAUUGUUUUUAACAAUAUUACUAUUGCAGCUUCAUAUAAUUCUGCAUUACUUAUUGCAAAUUGUUUUUAGCUCUGCCCUUACGUGCAAUAAAAUGU